AUUAAACCUUACCUUAUUUAUUCUGUGUGUUUAUUUAGUAUUAAAUUAUCGUAUAGAAUUUGUGUAAUUUGAUCCCAGGUUGAGAAAUUUUAGUUGGGAUUGCAAUGAGUUCUUGCUUCUGUAAGAAUUGCAAAAAGAAUACAGUGAUUCGAGAUGAUAUUACGGAUAAUUUGGUAUGUGAAACAUGUGGUCUUGUACAAUCUAUCGGUGAUAACCUUGUACAAUCUUUUGGUGGCUUAAGCGAUUUUGAUGGUACCUCUGUUCGUGUUGGUGACGAUUAUACUUACAAAGAGAAUAAAAUUUACAAUGCCAAAAAUGACAUCAAAGAGAUAACUGAUAGAUUUCAGUUUUCGUCUCGCAAAACGAUCGAGGUGGAACAGAUGAUUGAUGAAAUUACUGAGGGGGAAUUCGGCGCAGGCAGAUGGUUCAGUAUCCUUGUAGGUGCAUGCUCUUAUGUUGUAAGGAGACGGGACAACUUGCCUCUUUCGAUGAGAGAGGUUGCCUCAGUUAUAGCUUGUGAUUAUCAUGAGCUCGGACGAAUGGUUCUUCGUGUUGUUGAUUUUCUUGAUUUAAAAUUGCCCGAGUUUGAUAUUGUAGCAUUCUUUGAAUUUUCUCUGAAGCAUUCUCACAGUUUUGCGCAAGUUUCUGAGGAGAGGAAAGAUGAAAUGGUUAAACAGGGUACAUUUCUAGUUCAAUGUUUAGUCAAGUGGUUUGUGACAACUGGGAGACAGCCUAAUCCCAUUGUUGCUGCUAUUAUGGUGUUUGUUGCAGAAUUGAAUCAAGUCAAAGUUCAGAUUGAAGAUAUAGCAAAAGAAGUUCAUGCUGGGGUAAAUACGAGUAAGAGACGUCAUGGAGAGCUUCUGCAGAUUCUUGUUAAAGUUGGUCAACCCUUGCCUUGGGGUAAGAAUUUAACAGUUAAAAAUGUAGUAAAUAACGCACCUUCAAUACUUCGGUACAUGGAGCUGAAGUCUAGGGUAAAACCUAGUGAGAAGAGUAAGAACAUAAAUAACUUUAGAUCUGAAUUUGAAGAAAUUAUCUGUGGGUGUUUGAGUAAAGAAAUGGAAUUCACCGAAGAUGGUUCAUAUAUAGGGGAUGAUUUACAGUACUAUAAUGUUGAAGAUAGAAGUGUAACCUUAAGUGAGAGUGUUACUGAUUUGGACAAGCUCAAAAUCUCACAAGACUGCUUGUCCAAGAUCUAUACGAAGUUCUCGAAUGAUGGUACUUCUCCGGAAGCUAUGGCCGAGAAAGAAGAAGAACAUCCUAGAAAGAGGAGGAAAGAACUAGGUCUUCAAAGUGCUCAGGAUUGGUGGCGAGGAAAUUCUGAACUGAGCGAAAAGCUUUCACUUAGAGAAGUAUUGGAGAAGAAUGUAGGAUAUAAUAAUUUGCCUCCAUCUUUUGUUGCUAAUAAAAUAGCGUGUCAAAGACGGAGAGAGAAGAUAAAUGCUGCCAGGUUCCGGAUUGGUGAGACUAUGGGAAAACCUGCUUCCUCUGAGCUGAAAAAUGGAAAAGAGAUGCCUUAUGGAGCAAAAGGAGGUAAUAUGGAUUGGGAGGAUUGUAUAAUAGAGAUCCUCCUGCUUCAUCGAGUUAAAGAGGAGGAGAUCGAGAAAGGUCAUUAUAGUACACUGCUUGACCUGCAUGUUUUUGAUUCUGUCAAUGCUAGUAAGAUGUUCGCCAAUGCAAAACGACAACGCACAGAAGAUCUUGUCGCGAACCUGAUAAAUGGUGGAGGUUGACAGAUUCAGAUUGAAGCAAAAUGAGUGUACCGGUUCGAGUAGAGAUGUCCAUAGAACAUGAGGUUGACAGUGAGACUGGUGCUGGUAAACACGUUCCAAGCUUGAACCUGCAGUCGUCAAUGAAGAUAGAGCCGGAACUUAUGAACAAUUUCUCCGUCUUGAACAACUAAACCUGGCACAGAUAUGCUGCUAAUAACUUCGCAAGAAGACAUUAUACAGGUAUACAGUAAACUACCCUUAUUUCAAAUGGAAUUUUUUACCUUCCCUCUCCCCAGGUACUCAACCUUGUUUACCUAAAAGGAGCUUUCUUCUGCUUGGAGUUGUUGCUCUGGUCACCACUGUAAAUAUGGAAUCAUACAACAGUGUACUCUCUCUACUCACUCACUCCUCGAACACAUGGAUGUUGCAGUGUUAUUGAAUUAUGAAGUAGUAUAUGAUAUUUGUCUUAGAUCCCUUUAUAUCGAGAGGCCAACAUACACAAAUUUGCACCAUUUAAUAUCUCAAGUCAUAUCAUCCUCGACUACUUCCUUGAGGUUCGAUUGAGCAUGGAUGUUACAGAUUUCCAGGCCAACCUUGUACCUUGCCUCAGGAACCGAUCCAUUCUCUCAUUAUGUGCUCCUGUUAUCUUCACGGGAAAGACAUACCUUGAGCAGCCACCGAUUCCUGAUUUAAAAGUGCAAUGUGUACUAGCAAGCAUGAUAGUCAAUUGCGAUCAAAGGCAUGAAAAUGCAUGGCUUCCUGUUUGAUGUCCCCUGGUGCCGUCUUUCAAAGACCAAUAAUGCUGCUGUGGCGACUUACAAGGUUCAAGGCCAAACUUUAUUUUUUGCCUUUUCUGUUGCCAUACUGCCAUUUAAUGUCUUCUCUGAAGUAACUGGCUCGGUAGAUAAUUGAUCCCUUCAAUUUGUCAACCUACAAAGUGUCGACUCGGCGGCCACUAGAAUGCUUGCAUACGAUAGCAUACAUACUCAAGAUAAGUCCCUAUACCGAGGAGCCAGAGUUGUAUCUGUUCUGUGACGAGGUAUUAAGUAUCAAGAAUUCCGUCAUUUUAUCCAAAAAGUUUCACCCUCAAUAAUGCGAUUAAGUUUUAUUGUUUUUAUGUUAUUGUCUGGAUAUAUGUUGGAUCCCAGACAUAGGUGAUGACUGGUGAACAGGAUUAUCAUUGCCUAGUAUGUUGUAUCAGCUUAAGUUUUUUAGUAUUGUCAUUGCUUUUUUUAGUUUGCCCGUUGCUGGAAAUUUUGUUGAAUAACGAAAUGGUCUUAGAAGUGGUUUUCCAUUGUGAUUGCUGGAGUCCGGAAACAGAUUGUGAGUUUUUUUGUGGGAGGCUAAUAACAUUUUCAAGAGCGUCCUCAAGUACCACAUUCAUGUGCUUCUAGGGUUUUAGUCAGUGACAUUCUGUUCUCAAUUCUUUCUAUUUUUGUUUGAAACGUAGGAAUAUGCCAGUGUUCAUGCAUCUAGCAGUAUUUUUUGUCAAUUAACCUUUUAAGUCAAAAAAAAAAAGAAAAAAAGCAGUAUUUUUUGUCAUGAAUAUAUUUAUUGAUCUCUUGGAUCGUAUUUUUAUGUGCAUGUUUGGAAUGCUUACUCACAGAUGUAAUUUGUCAUUUGUUGCCAAGUUUCUAUAUUACAGUAAUGACCAAGUUGUUUGAAAAGAAUUGUCAACUGUACCUUUGAUUCGGUAGGACCUGUGUCUUCCUUUGCACAGAGUUUCCGUUCAACCCCAUCUUGGUGCUCUUCUUUCUCCACUAAUAAUGACUAGCUAGGCAUUUUCAUCUCUCUCUCUCUCUCUCAACAUGCAGUGUAGUGUUGUCUUAUGUCAUCUAUUACUUGCCUCUUGGUGGUUUUAGCUGUAUUUUUUUUUCUUGAUCUGUGUUAUAGAAAUCUGAACUCUCGUGGUAAAACCUAAGUUCAGAGCUUUAAUAGUUCUUUGGGUCAGCAAUAUAGAUUGCAAGGAAGCCAAAUACUCCUCAUAUGUGGUGCUGAAUACUUGGCUGUGUUACCUGCUUUAGCAAUCGCGAAAGGCAGAGGGCUUUACUUGGUUAUAGCUGGAGUGAUUCCUCUAUCACCGGUGAUUGCUGCUAAGGGUCUGAAUGUCUGAUGCUGCCACCUUGAUAGUUGAGAGUCCAUGCAUUCUAGCGAAACAUCAUCUGUAGUCCAGCUGGUUUAAGUAGGUAAUAUACUGCACCAAAUUUUCCAUAUUAUUCAGAGCCUCUUACGUUCUUCCACUGAUCUUAUGCACCAGUUGGAUCAUGGAUCGCGAUGGCAGAAUUAAUUCCUUAGAAUUAAAGUCUAAUUCUAGGAUCUCCAAUAAUUUAGUAUAUUGCCAGUAUUUUGUUGCUGUUUUGGGGAAUCUGCUAGUGAGACCCGGCAUUCUGUUUUUGAAGUGUAUGGCAAAGUCACUACUAAAGGUGUAGAGUUGCUCAAAUUUUAUUCAAUUCGUUAGUUCCGUAGAGUAAGUUUUUAGCACACGUUUUUGCUGAAGGUUUUACCAUUUCACUAACCUUAUGAGAUAUCAGUCAAUAUCUGAAA